AUGAUGGAAGAUACAGCUAGAAAGAAAUUUGAAACUUUAACCAAUUUUAAAGUUUUAAAUUGUGGUUUGUUUAUCGACAAAGAUAAACCAUUCUUAGCUGCUAGCCCUGAUGGUUUAGUAGGCGAUACAGCUCUACUUGAAAUUAAAUGUCCUUUAUCGACAAAAGAUACCAUUGGUAUUCAAGUUGCAGUCGACAACAAAAAGAUACCUUAUAUAACCAUUGUAGAUGAACACUGGCUUCAUUAUGAUGUAGUUGAAUUCGACAAAAACUUUUGGCGUUCUAAAAUGGAAACUCAGUUAGAAACAUUUUAUAAGGAAUGUCUUUUGCCCGAAUUGGUUCAACCACGGUAUGGCAAACGGCUAUUGAAGUCAGAUAUUUUAGAGCCGAAACACAUUUUAGAAAACAUAAAAAAAAAAGAAUCUAACUAUUAUAUAAAUUGUUUUUUUAUUUUUGUAUGA